AUGGCGUCGUCGCAGGCGAACCUCGACAAGAUGCAGCUCCGCCAGAGCUACCGCAACGUCUGGCACACCGACAUGACGAACGCUAUCAAGGCCGACUUCCCCUACUGCUGCCUCGCGCUGUGGUGUGGACCUUGCGUGUCGUACAUGCUUCGCAAAAGGGCUCUCUACAAUGACAUGUCAAGAUAUGUCUGUUGUGCUGGCUACAUGCCAUGCAGUGGAAAGUGUGGCGAGAGCCGGUGCCCAGAGUUCUGUCUUGCAACUGAGGUGUGCCUUUGCUUUGGCAAUUCAGUUGCAUCAACCCGCUUCUUGCUGCAAGAUGAAUUCAACAUACAGACAACUCAGUGCGACAACUGCAUCAUUGGCUUCAUGUUCUGCCUUCAACAAGUUGCUUGCAUCUUCUCUAUAGUUGCAGCUAUUGUUGGCAGCGAGGAGCUUUCAGAGGCUUCCCAGAUCCUUAACUGUCUGUCUGAUUUGGUCUACUGGACGUAUAUAAUUCAUCCAUUUCUUCUUGCAACCUUACUGAUCAUGGCUCUUCUGAACCAAACCUUUACGUAUCCUUCUUUUGGCAUUGAAAUGCAAAUCCAGACGCAGCACAAAGUCGAAAUGGACAAGAGGGAUGGAAAGUUCGGCCCACAGCCCAUGGCAGUGCCCCCAGUGCAACAAAUGUCACGCAUUGAUCAGCCUAUGCCGCCUCCUGCUGGAUAUGCACCACAACCAGCAUAUGGGCAGCCUUAUGGUGGCUAUCCACCUCCUCCUCCUGGUCAAGGUUAUCCGCCAGCUGGAUACCCCCAGGGCGGUGCAUACCCUCCUGCUCAAGGUUACCCACAGGCUGGUGGAUACCCUCCACCUGCUCAAGGUUACCCCCAGGGUGGUGCAUAUCCUCCGCCUGGUUCUUACCCUCCACAAGGUUCGUACCCUCCAGCACAAGGCUCCUACCCUCCAGCACAAGGUUCCUACCCCACACAGGGUUACCCUGCCAAGUAA